CUUAAGAAAAUCUUUUGGUUACAAUUUUUUUGCAAAACAAAUGGAUCUAAAUGAGCGUCCUUCGGGCGAUAAGAUAACCGAAGAAACCAAGAUUUUGAUCUCUUCGCUUCCUUCAGACGCAGAUGGCGUAGGAGAGAAGCUUUGUAAUUAUCAAGGAUGUUGGUAUUACUACAACACUCUCCAAGGCGUUCUUAAUUUCCAGAGCGGAUUUCAACCGCAAGACACCGACAUAAUCCUUGCCUCUUUCCCCAAAUCAGGCACUACAUGGCUCAAAGCCCUCACAGUUGCCCUUCUGGAGAGGUCUAAGAACCACUCUUCUGAUGACGAUCAUCUUCUUCUGUCUGAUAAUCCUCAUGGCAUUGUACCAUUCUUCGAGAUCGAUGUGUUUCACGAAAGCUCAAGUCCUGACCUAAGCAAGUUCUCAUCAUUUCCGAGGCUGUUCUCCACUCACAUGCCACUACACACAAUGAAACUGACCCUCAAGGACUCUCCUUGCAAGAUUGUAUACAUUUGUAGGGACGUGAAGGACACAUUGAUCUCGUGGUGGUUUUUCGUGUGCGCUAUGCUUAAAGUAGAACCAAAGACAAGUAUUCUCGAGUCUAUAUACAAAUCUUUCUGUAGCGGAACUAUCUACUAUGGACCCAUCUGGGAACAUAAGCAUGUCCUUUUCAUGAGGUAUGAGGAGAUAAAAGCUGAGCCUUGUGAUCAGAUCAAGAGACUUGCAGAUUUCUUGGGUUAUCCUUUUACUAAGGAGGAAGAGGAGAAUAGAUUGGUGGAAAAGAUCUUAGACCUUUGCUCUCUGCGUAGUUUAAGCGGUAUGGAGGUUAACAAAACUGGGAAAAGAAACAAUUUGGAUUACAAGGAUUUUUUCCGUAAAGGGGAAGUUGGUGACUGGAAGAACUAUCUUACUCCUGAAAUGGAGAACAAGAUAGACAUGAUCAUCCAAGAGAAAUUCCAAGACGCAGAUGGCGAAGGAAAGAAGCUUUGUAAGUAUCAAGGAUGUUGGUAUUACUACAACGCUCUCCAGGGCGUUCUUAAUUUCCAGAGAGGUUUUCAACCGCAAGACACCGAUAUAAUCCUUGCUUCUUACCCCAAAUCAGGCACUACGUGGCUCAAGGCUCUCACAGUUUCCCUCCUCGAGAGAUCAAAGAACCAUUCUUCUGAUGAUCAACAUCCUCUACUAUCUGAUAAUCCUCAUGGAAUCGUACCAUUCUUGGAGAGCAAUCUUUAUGAAAGUUCAAGUCCUAACCUUGCCAAGUUCUCAUCAGUUCCGAGGCUGUUCUCGACUCACUUGCCACUGGACGCAAUGCAAGAGACUCUCAAGGACUCUCCAUGCAAGAUUGUGUACGUGUGCAGAAACGUGAAGGACACAUUGGUCUCGUGGUGGUUUUUCGUGUGCGCUAUUCAUAAAAUAGAACCAGAUAGAAGCAUUCUCGAGUCUCUGUUCAAAUCGUUCUGCAACGGAACUAUCUAUUAUGGACCUUUUUGGGACCACCUCUUGAGCUACUGGAGAGGAAGCUUAGAAGACCCUAAGCAUGUUCUUUUCAUGAGAAACAAUUUGGAUCACAAGGAUUAUUUCCGUAAAGGGGAAGUUGGUGACUGGAAGAACCAUCUUACUCCCGAAAUGGAGAACAAGCUAGACAUGAUCAUCCAAGAGAAACUCAAAGGUUCUGGUUUGAAAUUC